AUGUCGCAAAAGGCUGUCGACCUCAAGAACCAGGGCAACAAGGCCUUUGGCCACGGCGAUUACCCCGCCGCAGUUGACCUGUACACCAAGGCCAUCGAGCUGAACGACAAGGAGCCGUUGUUCUUCACCAACCGAGCGCAGGCGUACAUCAAGACUGAAGCGUACGGUUACGCCAUCGCCGACGCCACCAAGGCCCUCGAGCUCAACCCCAAGCUGGUCAAGGCCUACUACCGACGAGGUCUAGCCAAGACUGCGAUCCUGCGACCCAAGGAAGCCAUCGACGACUUCAAGACCUGCGUUAGCCUGGAUCCUAACAACAAGGAUGCACGACUGAAGUUGGAAGAAUGCAAGAAAAUUGUUCGACAGUUGGCAUUCUUUGCCGCUAUUGAGGUCGGCGAUGAGCCUUCUGCGGCCGAGGGUCUUGACCUCGACUCUAUGGUUGUCGAGCCUGGCUAUGACGGCGUGCGACUAGGCGACGAGAUGACACAAGAGUUCAUUGACGACAUGAUCGAGCGGUUCAAGACUGGCAAGAAGAUCCACCGCAAAUACGUCUACCAAAUCAUCAUUGCCGUCAAGAAGCUCGUGUACGACGAGCCCACCAUGGUCGAGGUUGAGAUCCCUGAUGACGUCCAACUGACUGUCUGCGGUGAUACCCACGGCCAAUACUUUGAUCUCAUGGAGCUGUUCCGCCGCAAUGGCACACCUAGCGACAAGCACUGGUAUCUGUUUAACGGUGACUUUGUGGACCGAGGGUCUUGGUCAACUGAGAUUGCUCUGCUGCUCUACGCUUACAAGUGGCUGCGACCUAACCAGUUCUUCCUGAACCGUGGAAACCACGAGACAGACGACAUGAACCGAGUCUACGGCUUCGAGGGCGAGUGCAAGGCCAAGUACAACGAGAGGGUCUUUAAGCUGUUCUCUGAGAGUUUCUCUGCUCUGGCGCUGGCUACCCUCAUUGGCAAGAAGUACCUGGUCCUCCACGGAGGCUUGUUCUCCGACGACAACAUCACACUCGAUGACAUUCGAAAACUGAACCGACACAACCAGCGACAACCAGGCCAGGCUGGUCUGAUGAUGGAGAUGCUCUGGACGGACCCCCAGGAGGAGAACGGCCGAGGACCCAGCAAGCGCGGUGUCGGUAUGCAGUUCGGGCCCGACAUCACGAAGAAGUUUUGCGAGAAGAACGGCCUUGAGGCUGUUAUCCGAAGUCACGAGGUUCGCAUGGAUGGUUAUGAGGUUCAGCACGAUGGCCGUUGUAUUACUGUCUUCUCUGCUCCUCGAUACUGCGACUCGACGGAGAACAGGGGUGCCUAUAUCAACAUCGGCCCCGACUAUAAGCUCAAGUAUGAGCAGUUCGAUGCCGUACCGCAUCCCGACAUUAAGCCCAUGGCAUAUGCUCAGAGCUCACUCAUGUCUUCUCUCAUGUAA